AGUAUAUUCACCACGCGUAACGCCUAACCAACAACCAACGUUAUGUUGUUUUAUUUGUGCAUGUUUCGUACGGAAUCAGCUGUUUAAUGUGAUUUCGGUGUUUAUUAUACUAAGUUCAUAGUUAUUUUUGCAAAGCGUUAGCUUUCCUUACAUUUAACCAUGCUGGAUAGGGUUAAACAUAUAAUCCUUGUUCUUUCCGGUAAAGGUGGAGUCGGAAAAUCUACUGUGAGUACACAGCUCGCCUUAACUCUGUCGGAAUCCAAUUUCAAGGUUGGUUUGCUCGACAUUGACCUGUGUGGACCCAGUGUCCCUUUUCUGCUGGGACUAGAAGAUCACGACGUUCAUCAGUGCGAAGGAGGAUGGGUACCUGUUUACACUAGUGCCGAAAAGAAGCUCGCUGUUAUGUCAAUAGGUUUCCUGCUCAAGAACAGAACCGAUGCCGUAAUAUGGCGAGGGCCAAAAAAGACUGCCAUGAUCAAACAGUUUUUGGAAGAUGUUGCUUGGGACGAACUGGAUUAUCUUAUCAUAGAUACCCCGCCGGGCACUUCGGAUGAGCACAUCACGGUGAUGGAAUGCCUGAAGGGAGUGAACGCAGAUGGAGCAAUUAUUGUGACAACACCACAGGAAAUGGCCCUAGAAGAUGUCCGAAAGGAGGUAACGUUUUGUAAGAAAACUGGAAUACCGAUUAUCGGGAUUGUGGAAAAUAUGAGCGGUUUCGUGUGCCCUAACUGUGCCGAAUGCACCAAUAUUUUCUCAUCCGGAGGUGGGCUGGCGCUAGCAGAGCUGGCGAAAGUACCUCACUUGGGGACGCUACCGAUUGAUCCACGAGUGGGUGCUUUGGGUGGUUCUGGCAAAGCAUGCGUAAAUGAACUACCGGAUUGUACGACGUCAAAAGUGCUGAAGAGUAUUGUUCAAGUGUUAACUGUUUAGGACGUGAAUACAUUUAAAAAGACAA